AUGCGGGAAGACUAUGAGCAUGGCAAAGUGACCGAAGAAGCUUUGAUGACCAGUGGAAUCCAUGACACCGCAGAAGAGGAUAAGAUUCAAGCAGCCGAACGGCGGCAUUUCAAUCUGAUUCUCUUCCAGAAGGUCUUCCUCGGAAACGUGCUGGCAUUGUGGCUUCAGAGCUCAUUCUUGGCGCUGACCUUCCAAGAUGGUUACUCUCCGGCCCAGAUCAAGCUGAUCAUCAGCAUGAUCUUCUCGGGGCUUCAAGCGGCGGUACGAUGCUGUCGCGUGUCGAGUCAGACAGGUCUGGCCGGGCUCUGGGUCUCCAUUCUUGUGAUGUUCUUCGUGGCAUGGUCCUUCCUGAAGGUUUAUGAGGCUUACCAUUGCAAAUAUCACCUGUGGAACCUGACCACGGGAUGUGUCGCAGAGCCCGAGAUGGACAUCAUGCUGGGGAAAUGA